CAAACUCCCUAACGCAUCAGGCCGCCAAACAAACCUCUCCUAAACUCUUUCUCGCUUAUUUCUCCCUCUGGUAGCAGUUAAAAAACCCUAUAUAUUCAUUCAUUUUUCGAAUUCUCAUCAGUUGAUCAAAUCAGAGAGUUUUGAUUGUUGAUUGAAGAGAUGAGAAUCAAAAGUAUCGGAGGAGGAAAGCCAAGGCUCUUCGAACUUCCUCCCAAACCCUCCUCCACGGCCUUCGAUUAUCUCGCUCAGCCCUCUGAUUUUGAAGCAUGCCCUGAUUGCUCUCACGAUGAUACUUGGGGCAAUGAAGCUAAUAAUGAUUUGCAGUGUAAUACAGUACCUGAAACUUCUAUUGAUCAUGAUCAUGAAAGGCGAUGCCGUGAGUUGGCUCUGAAUACAACUGGCAGGACAGUUUUUGUUAUGGAGAAGUCUUGUGGCUUGGGUCCUCAGGGCAUGUGGGGGCUAGAAGAUUGUUUGGAAAUGGAUUGGACAGAGAAAGAAGUUUGUAUAAAAUGUGAUAAAGGAGGCAAUUUGUUGAUUUGCAGUGACUGCAACUGCCCGUUAGCUGUUCAUGAGGAGUGUAUGCACUGUUCAGCUCAGUUCGAUAGUAUGGGAAACUUCUACUGUCCUUAUUGUUCAUAUAAACGAGCCACAAUAGAAACACGCAAAGCAAGGAAAAAGGCAAUGCUGGCAAAAAAAGCUUUAUCAGUUUUUCUUGAUAAAGGAAUGACGAAUGGUGACCCAUGGAAGCAAAAGGCUGAGAGAGUUUGGAGGCCAAAUCCAUCAACAGUUGUGGGAGAUAAGGAACAUGACGAUACUCGGAAUAGAUUGGAUGGUGAUGCAGUUGACAACCAUUCUGUUCAAAUAGAGGAAAAUCAACGAGAAGAAAGAUUUGAUCCUGGAAUCAGAACUAGCAAAUAUUUUUGUAAAGGUGUUGAGGCAUCGGCAGCGAAUGAGCAAAAUGACAAUGUAAGACCGAAUGAUAGCGGUCAGCAUAGGAUAGUGAUUGAACAACAGAUUCACCCAGAGCCUGUUAUUGCCUCUGGUGGUGGUGGUGAUUGUUCCAGCGAAGAAGAGACAGAUCAUCAAUUUGAAAUUGUACAUGUUGGCAAAAGUGCUCAAGCAGAGCAUGCAAAACUAGUUGAUGACCGCCAAAAUAAGAGAGUGGCAGGGUCUUUAAGUGCUUCUUCCCUAGAAAAAGAGACAAAAUUAGAUGGUGCACUUCACAUAUCGACCGAAGAGGAAUUGGACAAUGCAGGGAUAGUUGAGGAUAAGGGCAGAAGGCGAGAAGAAGAGAUGCAGGAACAAGAACAGGGAACUACUGUAUCCUCCAGUGGAGGAGAUUCUAUGCAACAGGAGCAUGCAAAAAUUAGUGAUUUAUCCUGUGGAGAGAGUGGGGAUGUUUCACCACAUUGGAGGCGCAUUAAAAAAAGGAAUCAAAAUGUUGUACAGCCUCCAAAUGUUGAUCGCACAAGGCAAUCAGUGAGGAAGUUAUCCUCUGAAGCAAAAACCAAUGUGAUACACAAGGAGAAAAAGAAUGCAACAAGCAAAUCUAGACAACGGACACCAAACUUGGGAUUUCCUAAUGUGAAGCGGAAAAGACUACCAUGGACUGCUGAAGAGGAAGAAAUGCUAAAGGAAGGAGUGCAGAAAUUCUCAACCAUGGUCAACAAGAAUCUCCCAUGGAGGAAAAUUUUGGAAUUUGGUCAUCAUGUUUUUGAUGGGACUCGAACCCCAGAUGACCUUAAGGACAAAUGGAGGAAAAUUUUGGUCAAAGAAUGCUCAACAAAAUAAUUGAAAUUUGCUUUGCUAGCAACAGACUCAGAAAAGCAGGAGGUAAUUUUUUGUUUUUUAGGGGUUGUUUGGGAUGUCCUAAAUAAGUAUACUUUUUGUCUUUUUGGACUAAAAGGUUGAGGGAAAAAAAGAUGGAUGUUUGGAUUAACUUUUUGACUUUUUAUGAAAAAAUGUGUAUUAAAAAAUUGUAUAAAUAAGUGUAUAGGAGAAGUUAGUGAAGUAACCCAUACACUUUGGACAGUGUAGUGGGCUGGUUAGGA